GGACACAUCCUACUGUUUGCUGAGCCUGCCUCUCCAAUGGAUGGCACUCAACAGCAGCAUUCGCCAUAUUUUUUUUAUCACAUCGUAUAAAGACCCUUAGGGAAGGGACUUCUACAAUUGCCUCAGAAAGUGCCUGCUGGCCUUCAGACUGGAACUAAAUCAUCAGCUCUCCUGGGGCUCAAGAGGACAACUUACCCUGCAAAUCUGGCACUCACCUGCCUCCAUUAUCAGUGUUUCCACCAUCUGCAGGAAAAGUUAUAAAUUGAAAAUAUAAGACAAAUAACAGAAGAUCAAUCAAAUGCUACUGGUGACUUCAGAUGAGUAUGAGAAUUUUCUCUUCCCACUCCAAAGACUGUGGCCUUAGCCUGGAUUUUUGAGCUCUGUAGCACCCAAGGACUCAGAAGAAAUGGUUGGUGCCAUGUGGAAGGUGAUGCUGUUCAUGGUCCUGCUGACAUUCAGCCCCUGUGAUGGGCUGUUUCAGUCCCUGUACCGAAGUGCCCGGGUUUCUGUGCCACCUAAGGGAGAUACAGGAGAGCCAGUAUUUCUUAGCCCUUAUAUAGAAGCUGGGAAGAUCGAGAAAGGGAAAAAAAUGAGUAUGGUCAGGCUUUUUUCAGGCCUGAAUGUGAAAAGUUACGCUGGCUACAUCACUGUGAAUGAGACCUGGAACAGCAACCUCUUCUUCUGGUUCUUCCCCGCGCAGAUACAGCCAGAGAGUGCUCCAGUUGUCCUCUGGCUCCAGGGAGGGCCAGGAGGUUCGUCCAUGUUUGGGCUCUUUGUGGAACACGGACCUUAUGUUGUCACAGAAAACAUGACUCUUCAGUCUAGAGACUUCUCCUGGUCCACCACGCUUUCCAUGCUCUACAUUGACAAUCCGGUGGGCACAGGCUUCAGUUUUACUGAUGACACCAAGGGAUAUGCAGUCAAUGAGGAUGAUGUGGCGAGAGAUUUGUACAGUGCACUAAUUCAGUUUUUCCAGUUAUUUCCGGAGUAUGGAAAGAAUGAUUUUUAUGCUACUGGGGAGUCUUAUGCAGGGAAAUAUGUGCCAGCCAUUGCACACUAUAUCCACUCUCUCAACCCUGUUCAGGAGUUUAAGAUCCAUCUGAAAGGAAUUGCUCUUGGAGAUCCAUAUUUUGAUCCUGAAUCGAUUGUCGGGGGCUAUGCAGCAUUCCUGUAUGAAACUGGCUUGUUGGAUGAGAAGCAGAAAAAGUACUUCCAGAAGCAGAGUGAUGAGUGCAUAAAACACAUCAAGAAGCACAACUGGCUAAAGGCCUUUCAAAUACUGGAUAGCCUGUUAGCUGGUGACUUAACAAGUGAGCCUUCUUUCUUCCAGAAUGUGACAGGAUGUUCUAGCUACUAUAACCUUUUGCAGUGCACGGAUCCCGAGGACCAGAGUUACUAUGGGAAAUUUUUGUCCCUCCCAGAAGUGAGACAAGCUAUCCACGUGGGAAACCGGCCCUUUAGUGACGGAGCUGAAGUUGAAAAGUACUUGCGAGAAGAUACAGUGCAGUCCGUGAAGCCAUGGCUGAGUGAAAUCAUGAACAACUAUAAGGUUCUGGUCUACAGUGGCCAACUGGACAUUAUCGUGGCAGCUUCCCUGACAGAGCGCUCCUUGAUGGCCAUGGACUGGAAAGGAACCCAGGAAUACCACAGGAUGGGAAGAAAAGUUUGGAAGGUCUUUAACUCUGAUAAAGAUGUGGCUGGCUAUGUCCGGCAAGUGGGUGACUUCCAUCAGGUGAUUGUUCGAGGUGGAGGACACAUUUUACCCUAUGACCAGCCUCUGAGAGCUUUUGACAUGAUCAAUCGAUUCAUCUUUGGAAGAGGAUGGGAUCCUUAUAACUGAUAAACUACUCUUCCAAUUGAGAACAUCAGGAAUUUUAAUCUUUGAGAAGAAAAUUUGGAAAACUAAAAAUGUUAUAUAGAUAAGGACUUUAUCAUUUUGUAUCUGUAAGAUGUUUCUCCUCAAUAAAAAUUAAUUGCUCUUGCAACA